CCGGUCGUUUACGUUUACAAUGCAGGCAAGCCUUGAUAAAUAUGCAGUAAAUUAUGGAACGUUAUGGAACGCUAGCGAAGGAGGGUUCGCCAUUCAGAUGCCAGUAUUUUUAACUGCGGAAAACAUUUCAAUUUCAUUUCCCUUUGUUCUUCUGUUAUUGUCCAUGUGGUGUAGAACUAAAGACUGUCAUUUUUAUUGACGCGGUUGGUUGUGCGUGUUAGUUUCAGCGGUCUUGUGCGAAUUGGCUGAUAAACACUACCGAUCAGUACGUAUAGGUUAUUUUCUUUACAGUUGAGUGUCCCGAAGUAAUGGGAAGAACGAAGGAACGAAUGGAAUUGUGUGUGAUUUCUUGCAUGACUCCUGCGUUAUCCGAAAAGGAUAAUAAUGGAGGAAACGCGAAUGUGACAAUUUUCUUCAGCGGAUUAUUAGCCGUCUUUACAUACUUCAUGAGGAUUUUAAGUGGCAGAAAGAGAAAGCCAUAUGGAAGAAGCAGAAGUCUGAUUCGGCAUAUUGGAUCACUCAUUCCGAUGAAAUCACUGCCACAAUUUUACCUGACCCCAAAAUUUCAACAGUCUGAAGUUGGCACAGGGGAUUUCUACAUUCAUGAUCGCUUUCAGGAAGAUGAUUCUGGCUAUGUCAGAAGCUGUGGUGUGAGCAACCAGCAGUCACAACUUGUGCCCAGUUUUUUCCACAAUAGUGUAAGAAGCAGCACGCCUGUAAAAGAAGUUGAAGAUGAAAAGUUCUUGGCUUUACAGCACGAGGUGCAGAAGCUGCAAGCAAUGGUUCAUGAAUUGUGGAUGUGUCAUCAAGCGACUCUCUCAUCUGACAGUGAAGAGACAGCUGUAGCUGUGAGGUGUGUUGUUUCAUCAUCUACAUCGCUUUUGCAAGCACAACUGCCACCACCACCUCCUCCACUGCCACCACCGCCACCACCACCCCUUCCACUGUCACUAAUACCUGUACGAAAUGUAAGCAACAAAUCAAAAGCUAACAGUUUGUGCCCCACCAAAUCCAGUGGAGAGGCUGUGCUCUCACUGGGAGACAUUAUGAAGGAUGUUACUAAAGUGAAGCUGCGUCCUGUGGAGCGAACUCCUGGUGGAAAUCCUAAAAGACGGCCUGUAACUCCUUCAGAUCCAUCUAAUGUUCUUGCUGCAGUGCUAAAAAAGAGGUUUGCAGCAAUACACAGCGCAACAAGAACACCAAAGUACCAGGAUAAUUUUCACCUAAACACGAUGGAAACCUGCAAGCCACCAGUGGUGGUUCAGCUUUUCACAUGAAAAUACCAAGACAUAUAAAUCUCCACAGCAUAUGACAGUGUUUCAGUAUAAAUUUAUGAACACAUAGUUGCAUCUAGUAGGAUAUGCAAUUGUAUUUGAGUCAUCCAGUCAUUCAAUAAUUUAUGUUAAUUUGUCUCACAAAAUUUAUAUGAUUUGUACAGAUUCACGUUUUAAAAGUGAUUAAGUUAGUGGAUUGUUUUUCAUUUUCCAUUCUGGUAAUACAGAGUUUUCAAAGAUUGAACUGAAUAUAGUGUAGACAUAAGUAAUAUUCUUGGGGUCAACUUUCAAUAUCCUGAAAAGCGGAAAAUCUUAUAAAUUUAAAAAAAAUUAAUUAUGCAACGUGAAAAGAACCAGGCCUAAUACAGUCACUUAUUUUCUCCUCUUGCUGUCAGUGUUUCCACUCGAUGGUGUGUUUGUGAAUGAAAAGCCAUCACACAUUUGUCAUUUUACGUUCUUUUAAAAUAUUUUAAGUCUAAGUUUCCUGUGCUCUUAAUCAUCUUGUGACCCAGCCCAUACUUUUCCUCUGCUUUUAACACUGUUAAACACUUUGUAGUCUAUAUCUGGGCCAUUCUUUGGUCUUUUGCUUUUUCUUGUAAUUCCAGAUAUCUUCUAAAUAUUGUGUAUACAUCAAUUCCUUUAAUAUGCCAAAACCACUGUAGUCUGUUAAUUUCUAAUAAUUUAAACAUCUGUAAGCUCUCAUCUCCUAUUUCAGUUCUUAAAAAUUCUUACUUGUCACUUCUGUUUUAUUAUUUAUUCAUUUUAUACUUUUGAUCUGAUGGAUUUGUGGAGAACUGCAGCCUCAGAUAUUGGAGUGUUAACCUAUAACAAAUUUCAGUGUGUUUUAAAGAUUAUAGUAUUUGACAGUCAGAAGUAUAUGCUGAUAUUUGGAUGGAAUGUGAAUUAUUUUAUAAGCAUUUUAAAGAUUUUCUUUAGAAUGUGCACCUAGAAAAUGUCCAUUUUAGCAGUACAGUAAAAUCUUAUUGAAGUGCUGUAGUCUUAAACUGAUGAUCUAACCCAGUUUUCACUGAAUAUUUAUAUAUUAUGACAAACACCCUUAAUACAUAUGACAUAUAUAAGAUUCUGUGAAAAUUGAUGCAUUUGAGUAAAUCUAUCCAUGUAAACUACCUAUUAGUUUCAAGCAUGUUCAGUAAUGAAAUAAUAUGUUCAGUUGUCAUUAUUUGCAAUGGCUUGUGUGACUUUUGUGUUGCAGUGCAACUGGACUAAUUGAAUUUGUGUUAAACUCCACUGCUCUCUAGAGAAACCUUAAAUGGGAGUUUCACUGCACUAGGAUAUAAAGUGAAAUGCCCAUAUAUUGGCUAUGACUUGAAACUCCAUUGGUAGAUAUAUUUUUUCUUCAUGUUUGCAAUAUUAGAGUCUAUCAGCUGGUAGAUUUUUACUUCUUUGUCAAAAGUUUCACAUCUUCGUUAUAAUUUCAAUAAUCUGUUCUUUCAGUAUAUUUGUGGCUUUAUAUUGUCUUAUAAUUUUGUAAUUUAUGUUACUAUGGGACAUCUGUAUUUAAAAAUGACUUCUUCUGACCAUUAUAACAUCAUGGAACUGAACUGGAUCCUUUGGUUGA